UUUUAUUACAGCGUUAGAUUAUGACAUUUUAAGAUGGAUUUUCAAACUUCCCAAUGCUAAGGUCCCCCAUAAAUAAACUGUUUCGUAUGCUUGCGCUGAUUGUAACACUUGUAGCUAGCUAGUUAAACAGUAUAUAAAUUUUUUUUUGAAGGACUACCGUAGUUUUGCUAACGUUCUCUUGCCUGCUUGCUAGCUACCAUCUAACUACUGCCAUUCCAGUGCAUUCGAUGUCAUGGUGACUGGGAAAGAUUGUCUAAGUGGCUGGACCAACGGUUUUGGAGAAAAGAUGGAGGACUCUGUGAAGACUGAAAGUGUUGCCAACGGUGGAGGGCCUGUGUAUGCGGAGAGCGAGCCAGCCGACACACUCCGCUCGACAGACCUUUCUGAAAUGCUGGCUGCUGGGACCAAGGAGGUUCAUGAGAAGGCGGAGAACACCCAAUUUGUCAAGGACUUCCUUAAGGGGCGCAUCCGAAAGGAGCUCUUCAAGCUUGGCCACGUGGCCCUCUACUACACCUAUCAGGCCAUUGAGGAGGAGACUGAGAGGAACAAGGACCACCCGGAUUUCUCCCCACUCUAUUUCCCAGAGCUGAAUCGCUGCGACGCCCUGGCCCGCGACCUGGAAUACUUCUAUGGCGAAGACUGGAUGGAGCGGGUCAGCUGCUCUCCGGCUGCGCAGCGCUAUGUGGAGCGCAUACACAAGGUGGGCAAGGAUGAGCCAAUCCUGCUGGUGGCCCAUGCCUACACUCGCUACAUGGGCGACCUGUCUGGGGGCCAAGUGCUGAAGAAGGUAGCCCAGCGGGCGCUGAAGUUGCCAGCGACGGGCGAGGGAGUUAACUUUUACCAAUUUGACGGCAUCCACAGCGCCAAAGCGUUCAAGCAGCUGUACAGGAGCCGGAUGAAUGAGCUCGACCUGAACAUGGCCACCAAGGAGAGGCUGGUGGCCGAGGCGGUGCUGGCCUUCCAGUUCAACAUGGAGGUGUUUGAUGAGCUUGAGGAGAUGGGCAAGGAUAUCAAGGAUGAGAUCAUGGAUGCGGGCAUGCCUAUACACGAGGCUCAUGGGACCGGUGGAGACAUCAACAAAUGCCCCUACUAUGCUGCUCAAAUGGUGGCCAGCGGGGGCUCUGCAUACGUCAGUCAGCUGGCCAUGGCGGCCCUCAGACACCCCACCGGACAGGUACUGUUUGCGGCCUUGGUCGCUGCCCUGGCAGGAUUUGCUGCGUGGUACUUCAUGUGAUCCCAUCCCCGGCCAAUCCUCGGCUGUCCUAUGGGGAAGACUGAAGAAUGACACGGGGGGAGGACAGGAAGACGAGUCAGAAGAAUGGUGUUAGGAAUGUCGGAAUGAGAACCCAUCCAUAGGCCACUGUAACCUCUCCUUUUCUGUCUCUACUACCUCCCUCUCUCUCCGUCCAGUACUUUACCAGUGUUUGUAGCGCCAAGUGUCACGGUUUUAUAGUUGGUCAUCAUAGGAACAUAGACACGCAGCAAGUUUGAGGGGUUAUGACAUCCCUCUAAUCCUUUUAAAUAAUUGUAUUUUUAGUUGACAUGGUUGCAGUCAAUCUUAACUGACUAAAUUGUUGUUUGAUUUGUGGUUAGCUUUGUACUAAACCUGUUUUCUUCUCCCACUGGGCCAAACAAGGAUGUGUGGAUUUGGAACCUUUUAAGGUCACUUUGGGGACGUCUGUAUUCUGCUGUCCUUUGGGUUCCACAGCAAUCAGACCUUCAAAUCUAAAUGUAAUCUUGAAACUAUUAGAGCCAUGAGUCCCAGUGCAUGAAAUGGACCAAAAUAGAUUGUGGUUACAUUUACAUGCCACCACUGAAAACUGGUACAUUUAAGGCUUUGGCACUGUGUACUAGCCAGCACUGGGUCAACUCAAACACUGUCAAGCUUGAUACUAAACCAACAAGUUGUGUGCAUGUGUCAUGCAUACCUGGCUAAGUGGUAUUUGGAUUUCCAAGGUCAGCAGACUACUGUGUCUGUAAUGUACUGUUCAAACAUUCUGUUAGAGUAUAACUGACAGAGAGCACACUUAUUUAUAUAUAUACAUAUAUAGGUUAUGAAUAUAUGAUGAUUGUCACAUUAUGUAUUUUCUUCUCUCGGCCUUGAAAUUAGCUCAGGUGUGAAAUUCUGAACUUGUAGAAAAGAACCCACAGACUAGUGUAGUUUCCAAUAGUAAUGUUAGCAGACUGAUUUAGUAUAUCAGCACCUAGAGAUCUGGCUUGUUAGCCCAAUUCCAAAAAGAUAGCUGUAAAAGCUGGAUUCAAUACUGUAGUUAAAGAUCGGUCCUCAUCAACUCUUACUAGAGCUGCUUUCCUUGGAUUGUUUCAUUUUAAUAUUGAAAAUUGCUUUCCUGCAUUUCAUCUCUUUGCAUUGUAUUGUUUGAACUUGAAGAUGGAAAUUAGAGGUCAAAUGCUGAAAACCAAAGGAGAAGUUGAAUAUAAUUUCUGACAUAAUUUCAGUUGAGUAUUUAAACAGAUUCUAUGCUGUGAGUAUUCAGGUCUGUGAUUCUCUCACUGUCCGUCUCUGGUAUAUUCAGUAGUGAUAGAAUCUGUUGCAAAUGUUAGUUGACUUGUGUGCAAUAGCCCUCCAUCUAAGUGUUCAGGCUUAUUUCAGGUUGUUCAUUAGUUAUUUUUGUUUAACUUUUUGCCCUGAUGAACUUAACCCAGGCAUACACAUGGUGGUCCAGAGCCAUACGACACUGUCUUGUACGUGUUAGGUCUCAGGUUUUCAACGGUUUAUUUCAAUGCAGCUACAGUAUAUAUACAAAAACAAUGCAAGAUGUAAUACAUUUGCUCAAUGUAAGCGUUCUGUUCUCUCUCAGUUGACUGUGUUAUGCCAUAAUCAAAUAUGAUUAGAAUGUUUGCAGGACAUGUUGUAGUAUUUUUAACAUUUUGAAAGGUCAUUGGGUUGUGUUCAUUAUGCACAUAA